AUGGCAUCAGCACCGGAGACACCGAUCCACGCGCUGAUCAACUACGAAGAUCCCUACGUGCAACCCCUCAUUCUGUCUGCGCUCGAAAAGCGCCUCCCCGCAUCAUCCUACAAACUCAUCAGCUCCCUCACGGACCUCCCUUCACCGUCGACUCCAUGCCUCCAAUUCGUGCAGUACGAGUCAAUCGACUGGGACCAUCUCAUGUCUAGCCCCAAAGCCCUGGCCAAUGCAUACGUGAUCCGCAAAGCUCUGAUCCGGAAACACUACCUCAGCACCACCAUCGCAAACUGGAUCACAAAGUACCCCGACAGCGCGCUGAAGCGGGGCGCAAAGCCGAGCGUCGAGUUUGAAGUCGACUACGCCGAGUUCCUGGACGACGCGCUCGUCGAGGCAUGGGAGUUGAAGGAGAGUUGGGCGCGCAGUGAGCGGUUUGCCGACGACGAGAGGGAGAAGCGCGAGUGGUGGAUUCUAAAGCCGGGGAUGAGCGAUCGCGGGCAGGGCAUCCGACUCUUCUCGUCCGAAGAAGAACUAACAGCCAUCUUCGAAGAAUGGGACCCGGAGAGCGACGACGACGACGACGAUGAGCAAGACGCACGCAGCGAUGCCGACGACGCAGAAAAGGAUGAAGGUAUCAUCACAAGCCAACUCCGCCACUUCGUCGCACAGCCCUACAUCCACCCGCCCCUCCUCCUUGCACCGCCCGGCGCACCCUCCCAGCCCAGGAAAUUCCACAUCAGGACCUACGUCCUCGCCACCGGCGCCCUACAAGUCAGCAUCUACAAGCCCAUGCUCGCGCUCUUCGCAGCACGCCCCUACUCCCCCCCUUGGGAGACCGACUUCGCAUCAUCUGCAGACCAGCGCGACGCCGCCAUGCGCGCACACCUCACAAAUACCUGUCUGCAAGCCAGCGGCGACCGCGACGGCUCCGUGGGCCUAUUCUGGGACCUCCCCGACUCCGCCGCCGCCCCGCGCGGUUGGAAAGACGACGUCUUCGCGCAGAUCCAGAGCAUCACGGCUGCGACCUUUGAAGCGGCUGCGCGCGGCAUGGGCGUGCAUUUCCAGCCCCUACCCAAUGCGUUUGAGAUCUUUGGGCUGGAUUUUAUGGUUGGGAUUGAGGACGAUAGCGCGCUAAAUACGUAUUUGCUCGAAGUCAAUGCAUUUCCUGAUUUUCGGCAGACGGGGGGUGAGUUGAGCGGGGUGAUUGCAGGGUUGUUUGAGGGCGUUGUUGAGGAGGCAGUGUUGCCGUUUUUUGGUGUUGAGGGAAGGGGUGAGAAGAGCGGGGACAUGGUUAGGGUGCUGGACAUUGAUCUUGGGAGAAGGUAG